GGGCGGUCCUAGAGCAGCUUUGGGGCGGGCCUAUCCAAGGGAAGACGCGUGCUUGAAUUUGAAUCCAGGCAAGAGCCAACAACUUGUAAAGAUAUUAGUCAUCUACUGCAGCAUAACAGGGGAAGAGAGCAGUAUUAUAACACUGUGUACCUUAAUUACUGCCGAAAUAGUCUGUACAUUUGUAUGUUUAUAUCAGCUUAUAUUGCAACGUUUAAAUACCUGCCUAGUGUUGAAGCUACAAGCAUCGCUGUUUGGGGAGAUAUCACUUCACUUGCAAUGAAAGCGGGCGUCCACUGCCGUUGUUCAAAAUGCUACUCGGUUCCAGCUCGUAAGCGGGUCCGUAAGCGGGUCCCACCCCUAACCUUGCUGUCUCUACCUGAGGAGGUCCUCCUCUGCGUGUUCCAGUGCCUCUCUGCAGAGGACCUGCUGUCUGUCAGAGCAGUUCACUCCCAGCUGCGGGACAUUGUUGACAACCACUCCAGUGUAUGGGCCAGGGUCAGUUUCAGAGACACUUGGCCAUCCCCCAGCACCUUAUGGCUCUUUGAGAGAGCUGCUGAAAAAGGGAACUUUGAAGCUGCUGUCAAGCUAGGGAUUGCUUAUUUGUACAAUGAAGGACCAUUGUUGAGCGACGAGGGGCGAGCUGAUGUGUGUGGUCGGAAAGCAUCACACUUUUUCAGCCUUGCAGAGAGCCUUCACUCUCCUUCGACAAAUCCCUUCAUCUGGGUGUUCAUUCGUCCGCCAUGGUCACCCACUGGCAGCUGUUGCAAGGCUGUGGUGUUUGACCGUCUAAAGGCUGAGUGUGUCACCAACGCGGAGAAGAGAGGACCAUUGUUGCACUGUUUGGCCAGAGUUUUGCAGCUAUUUGAAGGGGAUGAGAAGCGCUCCGAGGCGAUAUCUAUGCUCAAAGAGUCUUCACAGGCGGGUUGUCUGCAGAGCUCCUACCUGCUGUGGGAGCACAACCGGAAAGCAGCUAUGGCAGAUCCAGGCAGGUACCUCCAGUGUAUGCGAACCCUCAGGGACUAUGCUGGCAAAGGAUGCUGGGAGGCACAGCUCUCCCUGGCAAAAGUGUGCAGCAGUGGGAAUCCACUUGGUUUGGAGUCAAAAGCUUGCUCUGAUUUAGUGGCUCAGCUCUUCAGCUGCAACCCAGCAUCACGUCACUGCACUCAGGGCAUCCUCAGACGUGGUAUCAAGGACACCAUGAGGUACAUCCUGGUGGACUGGCUUGUGGAGGUGACCACCAUGAAGGACUUCUCCAGCCUGACGCUGCAUGUGACCGUAGGUUGUGGUGACCGAUACCUGGCUCUGCGCUCCGUCACCCAAGCUCGCCUCCAGUUAUUGGGCAUUGCCUGCAUGGUUGUUUGUACACGAUAUAUCAGUAAAGAAAUCCUGACAAUACGUGAGGCAGUAUGGCUCACAGACAACACCUACAAAUAUGAAGACCUGGCGAUGAUGGGAGAGGUUGUCUCUGUGCUGGAGGGAAAGAUCAAGAGCCCCACACUGCUGACUAUGGGGAGGUCUGCUGUCUCUGCUCCCUCUGGAGAGGGCGGACCACUUCACCUCUUCAGCUACAAUUCUGUGAGCUGUCACUGCUCUACUAACUCUGCUCUUUCUUCACCCCCGCCUGCCAAGCUGGCCUGCGCUGCACUGCUGCUUACUCGAGCUCUACAUCACUAUGCUCCGCUUUGGCCCAGCCAGUUGGCCUACACCGCUUCUCUAAGCAGGGACCUUGUCUCCCUUUCUGUGCUGCUCUAUGUCAAGUGUUUCAGUCAAGAUGUUCCCAAAGAUUACAGGCAUGUGUCUCUCACUGGAGUUAAACAGCGGUUUGAAGACGAGGCCUACCAGAGCAUCAGCAAAGAAAGGGUGAUGGACUACACAGAGUUGUGUCAGAUCUUGGAGAUUCCUGAGGUGGAGCCUCAGAUGGAACCUCCCAGUCCCACCAGUCAACCAGCAGACAUCCACACCUUCCUCGCCUCUCCAUCAAGCACCAGCAAGAGGAGACGGGAUGACGCCAUGCAAGCCCACAGAGCCAGUUUCGUGGCCACACCCACAGCAGAGCUCUCCAACCAGGAGGAGAUGCUCCUUGGGGAUAUCAUGGACUGGAGCCUGGACACAUCCUGCUCAGGUUAUGAGGGGGACCAGGAGGAGGAGAGCGAGGGGGAGAAAGAUGGUGAUGCUUCCAUGAUCUCCAUCAAACUGUCCCCGCUGACUGAUGAGGACAAAAGACUGGAGCACUGCAGAGCCCUGUCCAGUGAUGAAGACAGCUUCUGUGAAGCAGAAAAAGAUGCGAGCAAGGAUGGACAAGGUCAGGAUCCAGUUUCCAUCCCUUCAGAUCUCCACACUUCAGGAUACUCUUCCAUCCAGAGUGUCAGUCCCUCGUCCACGUGCUCCUCCUCCCUCAUGCCUUGCACAUUUGAGACCUUUACCACUACCCUGGGUGCAGCCUCCGCCAGUGCCCAGCCAGGCUUCCGCCUUCUGGUGCCCAUGCAGAGGCCCCGGGGCACCUCCAGCAAACAAGUGAAGAGGAAGAACUCGGCAGCUCAUAGUGGAGGUGAAGUAGGAAGAGAAGGAGACGAGGAUUCUGCCAACGCAGGGUUUUUGAGCCUAUAGACAGAGACCACCUUCAGGCUGCUCACAGACCACCUGCUCAGCUGUUGUCCUCCAGCACUUUGUUCUUGAUGCUGUUCCUCACUCCUGUCACUCUGCACUGAACCACCAAUUGCCAAAAGAUUCUGAGACUUUGAGCUUAAAAAAAAAAAGUAAGGGAAAAUAAAUAUGAAUUAAAAUACCUCCAAUAAGCACAGACUCACUGUCAGAUAUGAAACCACUGGAACAUGACCGGACUUCCCUCAGGACCAUGGUUCAAUUUCUGGGUUCUUUUUUCUGCCUUUUUACAACAACCUAUCUCAGAUGAUAUUAGAGAGUUGAUAAAGAAACAAAACUUCAUGAGGUUGUUUUGUUAAAGUGUUCAUUGUUAAAAUCAUAUUUUGGAAAUACUUUUGAACAGAGCUGUUGUGUUAUUGUGAUUUACUUGGUUAUCAUAGUUUCUGUUAAGCACUGUUUUUACAAGAACCUCUCUUGUAUAUGGUGAAAGUCAUCAGUGACUGCUGUCAUAUAGUUGAUGGAAGUAUCUGCAUCUGAAGCCUGAAAACAUAUGAUUGUAUUGAUCUCCUUGUGUUCAGUUUGUCCUUAGUUCCAAGUGUUUGCCAAAGGUACUGUGGUGCUGGUUGUGUUUUCAAGAGCAUCUGAUGGAAUAGAAAAGAGCUGUGAAAUGUGUCUGCAGUAUUACAUACUCCCAACACUUAGGGUGUUUAUUUCUUAUCAAUUUGACAUAAAACACCUCUAGCACACUAAUCUCACCAGGAGCAGCAGAAAGACUUUUAAAUGAGCUGAUAAUGGUACUAAAAAGAAUCCCAGGCUGGCUGAGUAUCAUUUAAAAAAAAACUCCUUUCAUCCAGGCACAGUCACUAAAUCAAACUAUACCAACUUUUCCUCUCUUAAUUAGGUCUAGCACUUUUAUCAUCACAGAAGGAGGGCCAUUCAAUACAGUUUAACAAUUUCAUGCUAGCACAAUCAAUGCUUAAGUAUUUUUGAAUGGAUUUGCUUUUCCUUCUUAAGAUUUAAAGGGAAGUUUAGACACUAAAGGAAAAUAAUCCCUGGAUGGGGUUUGGAAUUCAGUACAGAGGGUAUACAAUGACUGUGACUGUCAGUAAUUUCACAUUUAAAACUGUUACACCAUGCUGGUUAUCACCUGUGUUUUGUGGGGGGUUUUUUAUAUAAAUGUACAUAGUAUUAUAUGUAUAAAUGGAGAGACUAAGAAACAUGCCACUUCUACUUGAAAUUGUUUUAGCUUCAUUCCAAAAAGGCAGUUUUCUUUGUGAAAUGUCAUUUUUUCUAAAGUGCAGUGUUUUCUAAAUAGACCUGUUAUGUGAAUAUGUAAUUUUGUACUGAGUUUAAAUAAAACAAGCCAUCAUGCUA